CAUCGCCAGCUCCGACGGCGCCCCCGAGUGCCUGAUGGGCAUCCGCGAGGCGCGGGAGGCGCUGCCGCUGGAGGCCUACACGGACGCCCCCGGGGUCGUGCCGUCGCAGCUGCGCGCUGCGGCCGCGGCGCCCCGCGGCCCCGACCCCCCGGGCGGCCGCGCGGCCGCGGCCGAGGCCGCGCGGGGGCCGCCCGCCGGCGAGCCGCACCGGCCGCUGGGGAGGCACGACAAAGCAACGAUCGUCAAUAUUUUUGCACGGCUCGAGUGGUUCCCACGGAGGUCAUGGCGAGUCACGACGACGAGCCAUUGCUCAGACUCGACGGAGGUUUUCCAUCGUUUUCAGCGUCCUGGGGGCCCUCGCCAGGCCUCGGGGCCGUCAGAAAACGAUUCGGGACGAAAAGCCCGUCCCGGGGAAUGGGUCGAGACCUUUGGGGUCGACGUGAUGAAAAAAACAUCACGUGA